AUGAUGACAGUAGUGCAGUUAAAGGACGAUUUAAGAAAACGUAAAGCUUCUGUAGUAGGUAAAAAGGCUUCUCUAAUCGAAAGAUUGGAAGCUUAUGAUCGCAACGCCAAUUUUGGUGUGGGUGAUGACAAUGAAGACGAAACAUAUAAUGCUCCGGCUGCUGAACAUUUCCGCGAUAUUAAUGCGAGCUCAUGUCUGCCUGAGUUGACUAAACAACAUAUUCAAGCAUUUGUGGAAAGAUUUCAAGCACAAAUGAAGGGCAGGCAAAGCAUGACGGAAGCGCCCGCGUCCUGUGCGAGUAGGGUCCGUGCAUAUGUUGAUGCACGAUGUCCGGGACAGUGGAUCUGUGCGCUGGCCUCC